AUGCCAUCCCAGAAUAUCGUUCGGAAUGACCCCACGCCCGGGGUGGGGUAUUUCACUCCAUAUCAAAAUCCCCCCUCCGGGACCGCUGCCGACCCCCAAUCUGAUGGCUCCCGGCCACCCAGGCUUUUCCAACCUUUGAAAGUGAGGGGCGUAACCUUCCAGAAUCGCAUUGGGCAGUCUCCACUAUGCCAAUAUUUUGCGCAGGAUGGACAUAUGAGCCAUCUCGGAGGAAUCGCCAUGAGAGGACCCGGUUUUAUCAUGACGGAAGCAGUAUCGGUUCUUCCCGAAGGUCGCAUCUCACCGGAGGAUGUAGGCUUAUGGAAGGAUUCGCAAAUUGAGCCGAUCAAACGAGUGGUGGAAUUUGUGCACAGCCAGAAUCAAGUAAUCGGCAUUCAACUUGCGCAUGCAGGGCGCAAGGCGAGUAGCUUGGCUCCUUUCCUGGCAGUAAAUAAAGUUGCAACGGAACAAGCAGGUGGCUGGCCAAAGAAUGUCAAGGGACCCAGUGAUAUCCCGUUCUCAGCCGAGAUGGCGCAACCAAAAGCAAUGACGAAACGGGAUAUUGAGGAGGUGAAGGAAGCAUGGGGUGCUGCCGUGAGACGUGCAGUGAAGGCGGGUGUGGACUAUAUCGAAAUACACAAUGCGCACGGCUACCUCCUCUUCUCAUUCUGCUCACCAGCCUCAAACAACCGCGCAGAUGAGUACGGGGGUAGCUUCGAAAAUCGUACCCGUCUUAGCAGCGAGAUCGUUACCAUUACCCGCCAGAACAUGCCCGAAGACAUGCCCCUGUUCCUGCGGAUUUCCGCCUCGGAGUGGCUGGAGGAAUCCCGUCCGGACCUCCAGAGCUGGAAAUCUGAAGAUACCGUACUAUUUGCAAAAAUCCUCGCAGAGAAAGGGGAAGUCGAUUUACUGGACGUUAGCUCGGGUGGGAAUCACCCCGAUCAAAGAAUCAAGCCAGGGCCAUGCUUCCAAGCCCCCCUUGCGUUUGCGGUGAAAAAGGCUGUGGGAGACAAACUUCUCGUUGGAUCGGUCGGGAUGAUUAAUAACGGCAACGAUGCGAAUAGGCUGAUAGAGGAAGGGCUUGAUAUUGUAUUUGUUGGUCGGCAAUUCCAGAAGAACCCGGGCUCCGUAUGGCAGUUUGCAGAGGAUUUGGGCACUGAAAUUAAGGUUGCAAACCAAAUCAGAUGGGGCUUUGGUAUGAGAGGCUCCAAGGGGUUUUUGAAGACGAAGAAACGAGAUGUGAAGAUCUAG